UGAAACGUUGGGGUUGUCCACGAUGAAACCGUUGGAUCCUACCAUGGAUCCCAUGGUGCGAGUCGCCUCGGCCGUCACGGGGGAUGUGCUGCUGGAGCUUCCCGUGGCGGAGGCGCUGCAGGCGGAGGAUUUCGCGCAGCUUCUGCAGCGGCAGCUGGGCAAAGUGACCAGUUGCUCCAGGUUUUGUCGAGUUCUGCUGCUGGACCAGGAGCUCAUGCCUGAAGGCAGGUCCUUUGACGCGCUGGGGAGGCCCUUGGAAGUGACGCUGGCCUUUCAGCGGCAGAUCGACCAGGAGGCCUUGGCCCGGAAACUGUGGCAGGCUGCGGCCUGUGGAGAUGUGCGUGAGCUGCGGAUGGCCUUGAUAGCGUAUCAAGAUCCGGAUGCCCAAGAUGAACAGGGGGAGUCAGCCAUUUGGAAAGCAUCUGUGGCGGGACAUGUGGAUGUCAUCGAACUGCUACUAGAAGCCGGCGCCAAUGGUGCCCUGACGGCCGACGGCGGCACCACGCCGCUGUUUGCGGCCGCGCAGAAUGGCUGCUGCGGCGCCGUUCGGUGCCUGUUGGAGGCCAAAGUGGACAGCAACCAGUCGGACCAGCACGGUCGGACGCCGCUGUCAGUGGCGGUGCCCAGCUGGCCUAGCGUGGUGCGCUGCCUGCUGGAAGCAGGUGCAGACAAGGACAAGGCCACCGAGGAUGGUCGAACACCACUCUUCAUCGCGGCUGAGAGUAACCAUCCCUCGGUGGCGGUGAUGCUCUUGGAAGCAGGUGCGGAUAAAGAUCGUGCCACGGAAGAUGGCAGAACACCUUUGUACAUUGCGGCCUAUGAUGGCAACCUGUCGGUGGUGCAGCACCUGCUGCGCUUCCAAGCCGCAGCGGACAAGGCCACCGAGGAUGGCCGGACGCCGUUGAUCAUCGCCGCGGGAAAGGGUUACUUGGACAUUGUGGGCUGCCUGCUAUCUGCUGAUGCAGACGUGAAUCGCACGGAUCGUUAUGGACAUAAUGCGCUCUUCAGUGCUGCGAUGAAUGGAAAUCUGGCGGUGGUGAAAUGUCUAUUGGACUCAGGCAGCGUGACCAGCACAAAUACCUGCCGCAGCGGCACGCGUCGCCACGAUCCUCUGAUCGUGGCGGCCGAAAACCAUCGCCUGGAUGUGGUAAGAUGUCUUCUGGAUGCUGGAUAUGACGAGAAGGUGCUGGCCAAGUACCUGCUCAUGGAUGCGGAUGAUGAUGACACUGAUCCACUGUGGGAGACACCUUUGCUGACUGCGGCCCACCUUGGAAAUCUGAAACUGGUGCGAAUCCUAUUGGAAGCUGGCGCCCAAAGGGAUCAAGCUGACCAACUGGGCCGCAAUCCGCUCUUCAUUGCCGCAGGGAAUGGACAUCUGGACAUCGUUCAGGCGCUGCUGUCGGCUUCGGCGGACGUGAAGUGUUGCGAUCGCUUCCGUCAGACGCCUUUGGUGAGUGCGGUGCACUUCGGCUGCGACAAGGUGGUACGAUGUUUGCUGCGGGCCAAUGCGCAGUGGGACAAGGCAGAUCAGCAUGGACACUCGCCGCUCUUCAUCGCAGCGGGCAAGGGUAACCUGAACGUUGUUCAAGUGCUGCUCGAGUCCUCUGCUGACAAAGAACAGGCCGACAAGUUGGGUCAGACGCCACUCUUCAUCGCAUGUGAUCUUGGUUUCUUGGACAUCGUGAAGUGUUUGUUGGACGCCAAGGCAGAGAUGAACCGUGGCAACUGCAGGGGGGAUACACCGCUCUUCGUUGCUGCGCAACGGAGUCAUCUGGAAGUGGUGCGAUGUUUGUUGGACGCUGGUGCCGAUGAUACCUUGCCCAACAAGGAGGGCCAGGUGCCCAUUGCCGUGGCGGACCACCGUGCGGUGGCCUGGGCCUUGAUGCAACGCGCCGAGAAGCGCCGGAGGAUCGACGUGCCAAAAAGCGACGCCGCGGCACCGGGGGAAAGGGCGGUUUUGGAACGCGAAAAGCCGGCAGGUUUUUGGGGGAAAUCAUCCCCUUUUAUGGCCCAACAAUUCAGGUGA